AUGGUAUAUGCGAAAGAAAAUGCAAAGGGAUGCAACAUCUCUUCGCAGUGCCAGAGAAUCGAGCCGAUCGGAAAGCACUCGGUCGUCGACGAUUCGAGCCGCUCUGCGCUGGAUGUGGUCAAGUGGAAGGAGCUGGUACUGGGGAGCCCCAGCCCAGAGAUGGGAACAGUAUUCCAUGUGCGGCCGAACCUGCGCCUUGUAAAGUUGCAGGCGGUGUGCCGGCAUGAAAUACUGUCCCGCUCUGCUGAGCACGCCAAGCUUUUUAGAGGCCAAUUUGGCCUUCCCUUCCAAGUGACCACGAAACUGCACGUCACUCGAUAUGUCGACGCCGAGGAUUCCGAUACUGGCUGA